AUGAAACAUAAGCAGCUGCGCUCUCGGGACUAUGAACUAAGUCGGGCAUACUUUGUACCCAGCCUCGGGUUGCCUUGGCUUCCGCCAGUCGGUGAACCGACCGCUCCGAGCGCCAGACCGGUCGUCCAGCUAAACCGGUAUUAUCCCGACCAAUCAGAAGAAUCGGCUUUAGUUGAUGUGGUGAUAAACAAAGCCUCGCCUGACAAAAUUGAGGGGCAUCUUCAUUUAUCAAGUCGGCCCGCCAACCAAAUCUCGGCCCCACACCCUUUUUGA